ACCAUCCCUCUCUACCAAAAUCUUUCAAUUUCAACUCGGUUUUAUAUCAUUUGCACUCUAUUAUUAUUAUAUAUCCCAACACCACCAUCCUCUUUAGUUUUAGUUUUCUCUCUAUAAAUCACUUUAAAUUCUCUAUAGAGAGGGAACCAUCUCAGAUACGCACUUCUCUUCUCCCAGCACCCAAACUUUUCAUAUUCUCACUUCUUCUAUUUUCUCUUCUCUUUGUCUCUGACUCUGUGCAGUGAUCAUAGUAAGUAGCCAGUGAUAAAGAAUCAUGACGUCGCUAAAAUUAGCGACAGUUUUCUUUACCGUUGCGCUUCUAUUUGUGUUCGUAAACGCAGAAGAUCCUUACAAAUUCUUUGAAUGGAACGUCACUUAUGGUGCAAUUCAUCCUGUUAGUUCUGCAGUGGCUCAACAGGUUAUUAUGAUUAAUGGUCAAUUCCCUGGUCCUGACAUCCAUGCUGUUACAAAUGAUAAUCUGAUCAUCAACGUUUUCAACAAUUUAGAUGAACCAUUCCUUCUUUCAUGGAAUGGGAUACUUCAGAGGAGGAAUUCAUGGCAAGACGGAGUUUACGGAACAACAUGUCCAAUUCCACCAGGCAAGAACUGGACAUACACUCUACAAGUGAAGGAUCAAAUCGGUAGUUUCUUCUACUACCCUUCGCUUUCCUUCCACAAAGCCGCCGGUGGGUUCGGUGGUAUCAGGAUCCUCAGCAGACCUAGAAUUCCAGUUCCAUUCCCUGAACCAGCUGGUGACCAUACUCUUCUAAUUGGUGAUUGGUACAAUCUUAACCACACGAGAUUGAGAACUAUUCUUGAAAACAAAAAGCUCCCUAACCCAAGUGACAUCUUCAUCAAUGGCAAGAAAUCCACCCCCACAUCCAACGCUGUCACUUUCAUGGCCGAACAAGGCAAAACAUAUAGGUUCAGGAUCUCGAAUGUUGGGUUACAAACCUCACUCAACUUCAGGAUUCAAGGCCACAAGAUGAAACUAGUUGAAGUUGAGGGUACACACACAGUCCAGACUAUGUAUUCAUCUCUAGACGUUCACGUCGGCCAGUCUUACUCUGUUCUGGUCACGGCCGAUCAACCUCCUAGUACCUACUACAUGGUUGUAUCUUCGCGAUUCACAACCAAGAUUCUGACAGCCACUGGCCAUUUCACUUACACCAAUUCUAAUGGUCAGAUUGCUGGACCUGUUCCAGGUGGUCCUACCAUUCAAAUCGAUUGGUCCCUCAACCAAGCUCGUUCCAUCAGGACUAACUUGACUGCAAGUGGACCAAGGCCGAACCCACAAGGUUCAUACCACUAUGGAUUGAUCAACACAACCAGAACCAUCAGACUUCAGAGUAUAGCAGCACAAGUAAACAAGAAACAGAGGUAUGCACUUAACAGUGUAUCUUUCGUCCCGGCUGAUACUCCUCUCAAACUUGCUGACCACUACAAGAUUAGUGGCGUUUUUCGUCUUGGAAGCAUCUCAGACAACCCUACUGGUGGGGGUGUGUACACAGACACAUCGGUUAUGGCUGCCAAUUUCAGAGAUUUCAUUGAAAUCAUAUUCGAAAACACUGAAAACGUUGUGCAAAGUUACCAUAUUGAUGGAUAUUCGUUCUUCGUAGUCGGAAUGGACGGAGGAUUAUGGUCACCAUCAACGAGAGCACAAUAUAACCUGAGGGAUGCAGUUGCCCGUUGCACCGUUCAGGUAUAUCCUAAAUCAUGGACAGCAAUCUACGUUGGACUUGAUAACGUGGGAAUGUGGAAUAUAAGAUCUGAGAACUGGGUUCGUCAGUACCUCGGACAACAAUUCUAUUUACGUGUGUAUUCACCUGUGGAAUCAAUUAGAGAUGAAUAUCCUAUCCCAAGGAAUGCUCGUCUCUGUGGAAGGGCAACAGGUCGACACACCCGUCCCCUUUAAGCUACUGCCAUUACAGAUCGAACAUUAGGAAUUUAUAUGUAAUAUUUUUAAUGAGUUGUACGUACUUGAUCUAAAGUUGGUGCUCACUCGGCACCAAUAAGGCAAGAUAUAGCGGAGUCUGAAAACAUUGACCUUAUCUUGAGGUCACCAUUCUUUUCUUUAUUUAUUGCAAUUGUUGAAGCUUUUCUAUCGCAAUCGCAAUCACAAUCAAAUUAGCUUUUGUAAAUGUUUCUUGCAUGCUGUUAUGCAAGUAAAUGGAGAUAUUUCAUCCAUGUGCAAAUGGCCUACACAAA